CGGAGGAAGCGACGAACAAGCCUACGACGAGCCCUUCGACUACGAUGACGGAACGCUCAGACACAACGACUUCUCAAAGCGCCACUACCUCUGAGUCAGUGGAAUCAUCGACUACGGACGUGGCGACCAAGACAUCUACGAGGCCUAUGACCACGGUGUCAGACACAACGACAUCGCCAGAAACCACCGCCUCCAAUUCGGUGAAAACGGAAGCCAAAACCAAGUCCGAGCCGAGCCCUACGAUCAUGAUGCCGGAACGAUCAGAGGCAACGACAUCGCAAGUAACCACAACCUCCAGGAGCAGAAUUUUCUUCGUUUUGGUCCUCUACAAUCAUGUAUAG